AUGAAUUAGGGUAGGCAGCCAGCCAGCCAUUCUUGGGAGCUCCUGGACCCCGGGUCACCCCUCCCCCUCAAUUCUUGUAGUGGUCUGGUCUGGUCUUGUAAAUGUAAUGUGGGGCAGGGGGCUUCUCUUCACUUGAACAGCAGCAGCUAGGCUACGAAGCAUCCCAUCUUUUUCUUUUCCUCUCUCUCUCUCUCUGUCUCUGUCUGGGUUAGGAGUGUAGUGGAUGCACAUGUAGAUGUAGUCCAGGACAGACAAAGCUCCCUCCAUAUGUCGUCCACAUCGGUCUUACUCUUACUUGUGACAGACAUGCAAUAUAAUAUAUAUAUAUAUAUAUAGUUAUCUCCUGCAGCUGCUGCAGCCUGCCUGCCAAGUGCCACCGGUGCAGCGCACUCACACUCCACUGUAUUGCCUUUCUUUCUGAAUUUGAGUUCGACAUAUAUUCCUUUUUAUCGCCCGCUGCUACCGUGCCCACUACUUCCCUCCCUUGUCCAAAUUACAUUGCUCUACUUUCACUGGUUGGAUUCUGCGGUGAAAUAUCUUCUAGCAGUUUGUGAGUGACUGAUUGAGUGAGUGCGGUAAAUUAUUGAUGUGUAUUUUGGAUUUAGAGGAGGAGGGGCGAGGGGGAUCAACAACCCUAACCCUAACCCUAAGCCGAAGCCAUUCUUGUCUUUAUUUCCCGAUACUUGUUGGCUGGCUUCUUUUGUUUGUUGUCUUUCGCGCUUCCAAGACCAUGUCAGUGAAGAAGAACCUUCACACUAUCAAUCCUUCUCUGCUCCAUAUCCAUUCUUCCUAUGGCUUCCCUCCAUAAACUGCUGUCCGAUGAUGGCUUUGAGUCCACGACCCAACCCCAACCCCUACCCGCCCAGAAUAAGAAGAAGAACAACAACAACAAGGAGAACAAGGACCUGCACCACAUCAACUUCAACUUCAAAGAUAGGGGCAGUGCCCGUGAACUGGACACCGUUGCGCUGCCUAUUUACAUCUGCCAUGACCGCCGGAGCUUUGACUCUUCCUGGAAAACCGCUGAGAAAAAAGCGCUUUCCAUUAAGAGCUCUUCCCUGUUUUGGUCGAGGAGACGACAAGGCACCAGCUCUGACAAGUCCAAGUCCAAUUCCAAGCUUUCUGCUGCUGUGGGAAACCCCAGGAGAGACGAACCGGCCAUCGAUGAUGCUGCCAUCAAAGCUGUCAUCUCUAUUCUCAGCGGCUAUAUCGGCCAGUAUUCCAGAGACAAGGGAUUUCGGAGAAGCAUCCGGGACAAGUGUCGAGCCUGCAUCGACAAGACUAGUAGGAGAAAGCAUUCGGAAUCGGGAGAAAUUUUCACUCACUUGGAAGUAGGGAUUCAAGGAGUGGAUAGAAUGGUUGAAAAUCGAGGCGCCGCCAAAUCAGAGAUGGAUUUAGAGUCCCUCCAGCAAUCAAUCAAAAUUCUCAAAAUCGUAGUGGAUUCAGCCGGAGUAUCCAGCGAUUCAACAGUCUGCAGGAAACCCGAUUCGUUUCUCGCGGCCUGUGCGCACCUCUACUUAUCGAUCGUCUACAAAAUCGCCAGAAAUGAUAAAAUCUCUGCCGGCCACCUUCUGCAAGUAUUCAACGAGGCUCCAAAUCUCGCUCGGAAGCAUCUGCUGCCAGAGCUUUGGGAGCACUUCUUCCUUCCCCAUCUUCUUCAUCUCAAGAUUUGGUGCAAUAAAGAGCACGUUUUUCUUGCAAAUUCUGGGUACGAAGAUAAGGCCAGAAGGAUCAAAGCCUUGAAGGCGCAAUACAGCGACAGCAUGGAUAUCGGUACGGCACAGUUCGCUUCAUACUACAUGGAGUGGCUUAAAGUUGGGGCUCAAGCACCUUCUGUUCCUACAGUGCCUGUGCCAUCCAAGCCACGCUCAAGAAGACACUCUGCAGACUAUUCUGCUCCCUAUCGUGACUCCAGCAACAAAUCGCUGUAUCAGGCCGUUUUUGGCCCGAGUCUCAGAGGUCGGUCCAUGGAAUUGGGCAACGGGAAUGGAUCCCCGGAGUUUACAUGGGAUGCAGAGGUGGAGGAAAGAGCACGCCAUGGCAGUGCAGAAGAUGAUGUGAUCAAAAAAUCUGUGGCUCAACGUCGGAGAAUGUCAUCUAGUCAAUCUGACGGAAUACUACAGAAAGCUGAGUUAUGGCCGCCGGAUGGCCGAAAAUCUGAUUAUUUCAGAUUUUUAGGUUGUCGGACGGAGCCUGUAGAGUGCUUGGUGCAGGAAACCUAUCUAUCCAACGAAGAUAAAAUCCAGCAUGACGAAAGUGAUCGCCAUUACCAAUUGGGCAAUGCAUCUAGCGCCAUUGCGACCAUAUGCUCCUCGGAAAGCCUAAGUGAAUGUGAACUGGCGAUCCGUGCACUGAGUGAAGCUUGGUUGGAAUCUCAUGGAGAUUGUAGAAUUGAAUCUGCAUUAUCGCAGGCCAAGGUAAUACAGGGUAUAAUGGAGGUCCUAUAUGUGUCUCACGAUGAUGAAAUUUUGGAACUGGCAGUUUCGAUCUUGGCAGAACUUGCAAACAAGAGUAAGAAGAAUAAAAAAUGCAUAUUGAAUUCAGACCCAAAGCUUGAUGUUUUGUUAAGAUUACUGAAGAGUAGCAGCCUAUUCCUGAAAGCUGCAAUUCUACUUUACCUGGUGAAACCAAGGGGGAAGCAGAUGGUCUCAAUGGACUGGAUUCCACUAGUUCUUCGAGUGUUGGAAUUUGGUGAUCAGUUGCAGACUUUAUUCAGUGUGAGGUGCAGCCCGCAUGAUGCAGCGUAUUACUUCCUACACCAGCUUCUAACCGGUUUUGAUGAGGACAGAAACACAGCAAAUGCUAGACAGAUCAUUUCACUUGGUGGAUUGAGCUUGCUGGUGAGAAGAAUGGAUUAUGGGGAUGCAUCAGAGAAAGGCAAGGCUGCUUCUGUCCUUAAUUAUUGCAUUCGAGCGGAUGGAAGCUGUCGCCAUUACUUGGUGAAAAACUUGAAGAAAGAUGCUAUUCUAUCACUGCUGGUGCUGGGAAAGCAGUCCAACUCUCAUGGGGAUGCUCUGCUACUAUUGACAGAGUUGCUGUGCCUUAACAAGAGAAACCAGAGAAUGGAAUUCUUAGCGGGGCUGAGAAAGGGGUGGGACUGCUUAAACACCAUGCACAUUUUCUUGCUUCUCCUACAAAAGGCGUCGCCAGAAGACCGGCCCAUCGUUGCUGUUAUACUACUUCUGUUAGAACUUGUGGGCGAUCCUCCAAAACAUAGUAGUGUAUUCAUAGAAGAGGCAAUGGAUGCAAUAGUAAAAGCCCUGGCUUGUUGCGUGCUGGAUGAAAAGGUUCAGGAGCAGUCAGCAAGAGCUCUCUUGAUUCUUGGAGGGCAGUUCUCGUACACUGGAGAACCUGAGGUGGAGAAAUGGUUGCUGAGGAAAGCACACUCAGAUGAAUACCUGGAAACUUGGUCGGGCAAAAAGGAUACUUGCAACAGCAGCAGCCAAGACCUGAGCUUGCCGCAGAACGAGGAAGACAAGUGGCAAUUAAAAGCAGCAAGGCUGUUGCUUAACCAUGGAAACAAGAGGCUACUAACCGCUCUUUCGGAUUCAAUAGAGAAUAGCAUACCACGACUGGCGCAGGCAAGCUUGGUGACCAUUAGUUGGAUGAGCUGUGGUCUCAAUUCCCUUGGGAAUAAAGAGAUUCACGAUGCUGCGUGGUCUAUCCUUGCACCGAAACUGAUAGCAAGCUUGGAUGAGAAGGCCACUUUGGAGGAGAAGAGUCUAGCUACAUUCGCUUUGCAUAAUCUUACAAAGGGCACAGAUCGCAAUUGGGGACUAUCCUGAGUUGCCGAUACCCUUCACAAGCUCUCCACCGUGACAUGGGCUGGGCAGCUAGGGAACUAGCUCUGGAAGUUGCAGCCUGCAGUUCAUUGGAUUAUACCACCAACACUCCUUAAUCAGGGAAUACGCUCUUCAUUUGCAUAUAUACAUAGAGAGAGAGAUAUAUUGUUCAACUAUUAGUUACAGAGUCUAUUUUUAGAGAGUGAGUGCAUUAGCAUUGUACAGAAACUGGUGCUGAUCAGCAGAUUUUGGUGGGCACGGAUGAAUGUAAUGGCGUGAGCAUUUAUUGCUUUCUUUCUUGGGUGAGCCAAGCAGACAUUGUUGGGCCCUUGGUGGAGUUUUAAGUAGAAAGAGCAGCCUUUGUCGGGUGAUUCAAGUCUGACAGAAGUACUAGGCCCAUCCAUGUAUAUCUGAUUAGAUUAUUAGAUAGAUGGAUUGAUAGGGCCAUUGGAA